CCUCGGCGUCCCCAGAGGGAGCCCCUGCGCUCCUCGACCGGGCUGAGAGCGAAGCCGGGCGCUCCCCGUCCCGCAGCCGGCCCCAGCCUCCCCGCAAGCCCCCGCAACCCCCGGCAGCAGGAGGAGGAGAGGGAGGAGGAGGAAGAGAGGGAGGAGGAAGAAAGCAGCACCUACCCCCCCGCUGCGGGGCACGCACGUGUGCGCGCAGCCCUCGACGGCCGCCCAGCAGCAUGCAGAGCCCAGCCGUGCGGAGCAUCGCCGCCCAGAGGGGCUGAACGCUUUGGUGUGCAGGAGAGCAUCUCCAAGCAAAGCUCCGAGCCCCCCGACCCUACUGCAAGAGGGGGCGUCCCGCAGGAUGGGCGGUCGCAGCCCCCCCGGGGCCGCUGUCCUGGUGCUGCUGCUGCUUCUGGAGUGCGUCGCCCUCUGCUUCGCCGUGGAGGAGAAAAAAGUAUGUCAAGGGACAAAUAACAAGCUGACCCAGCUGGGGCAUGUGGAAGACCAUUUCACCAGCCUUCAGAGGAUGUACAACAACUGUGAGGUGGUCUUGAGUAACCUGGAGAUUACCUACGUGGAGCACAAUCGUGAUCUCUCUUUCCUGAAGACCAUACAGGAGGUUGCAGGCUAUGUGCUCAUCGCGCUUAACAUGGUGGAUGUCAUUCCCCUUGAAAACCUCCAGAUUAUCCGAGGCAAUGUGCUUUACGACAAUUCUUUUGCCCUGGCAGUUUUAUCCAACUACCACAUGAAUAAAACCCAGGGACUUCGAGAGCUACCGAUGAAACGGCUAUCAGAAAUUCUCAAUGGAGGUGUUAAAAUCAGCAACAACCCCAAACUGUGUAACAUGGACACCGUCCUAUGGAAUGACAUCAUUGACACAAGCAGAAAGCCUCUCACAGUACUUGAUUUUGCAAGCAACCUGUCUACUUGUCCAAAAUGCCAUCCGAACUGCACAGAGGACCACUGCUGGGGUGCUGGUGAACAGAACUGCCAGACAUUAACAAAAGUCAUCUGUGCUCAGCAGUGCUCUGGCCGGUGCCGGGGAAAGGUGCCCAGUGACUGCUGCCACAACCAGUGUGCUGCAGGGUGCACAGGGCCUCGGGAGAGCGACUGCCUGGCAUGCCGCAAGUUUCGGGAUGAUGCUACGUGCAAGGACACGUGUCCCCCGUUGGUCCUGUAUAACCCCACCACCUAUCAGAUGGAUGUCAACCCUGAUGGAAAGUACAGCUUUGGAGCCACUUGUGUGAGGGAAUGUCCACACAACUAUGUGGUGACAGACCAUGGCUCCUGCGUUCGUUCAUGCAAUACUGAUACUUAUGAAGUGGAAGAAAAUGGUGUUCGGAAGUGUAAAAAGUGUGACGGGCUAUGCAGCAAAGUGUGCAAUGGCAUCGGAAUAGGUGAACUGAAAGGGAUUCUCUCCAUAAAUGCCACAAACAUUGAUUCCUUCAAAAACUGUACAAAGAUCAAUGGGGAUGUCAGCAUUCUCCCAGUUGCGUUUCUAGGGGAUGCCUUCACAAAGACACUGCCCCUUGACCCUAAGAAGCUCGAUGUCUUCAAAACAGUCAAAGAAAUAUCAGGAUUUUUGUUGAUUCAGGCAUGGCCUGAUAACGCUACUGAUCUCUAUGCUUUUGAAAAUCUGGAGAUUAUCCGGGGCCGCACCAAGCAGCAUGGCCAGUAUUCCCUUGCUGUUGUCAAUUUGAAAAUACAGUCCUUAGGGCUGCGCUCCCUCAAGGAAAUAAGUGAUGGAGAUGUUGCCAUUAUGAAGAACAAGAACCUCUGCUAUGCUGACAGCAUGAACUGGCACAGCCUCUUUGCUACUCAGAGUCAGAAAACUAAAAUCAUACAGAACAGAAAUAAAAAUGAGUGUGCUGCUGAGAGGCACGUGUGUGACCCCUUGUGCUCGGAUGUGGGCUGCUGGGGCCCAGGGCCCUUCCACUGCUUCUCCUGCAGGUUUUUUGGUCGCCAGAAGGAGUGUGUGAAACAGUGCAACAUCCUGCAAGGGGAGCCACGAGAGUUUGAAAGGGACUCCAAAUGCCUCCCCUGCCACCCAGAGUGCCUGGUGCAGAACUCCACCGCUUACAACGCAACCUGCACUGGACCUGGCCCAGACCAUUGCAUGAAGUGUGCCCAUUUUAUAGAUGGCCCCCACUGUGUGAAAACCUGCCCUGCAGGAGUGCUGGGUGAAAAUGAUACCCUCGUCUGGAAGUAUGCAGACGCCAACUCUGUUUGCCAGCUCUGCCAUCCAAACUGUACACGGGGGUGCAAAGGACCAGGUCUUGAAGGCUGUCCAAAUGGCUCCAAAAUCCCAUCCAUCGCAGCCGGCGUUGUCGGAGGGCUCCUCUGCCUGGUUGUAGUUGGCUUGGGCAUCGGCCUGUACUUGCGGCGGCGCCACAUCGUGAGGAAGCGGACCCUGCGCAGGCUGCUGCAGGAGAGGGAGCUUGUUGAACCACUGACACCCAGUGGGGAGGCACCAAACCAGGCCCAUCUGAGAAUUUUAAAGGAAACAGAAUUUAAAAAGGUCAAAGUUUUAGGCUCCGGAGCUUUUGGCACUGUUUAUAAGGGACUUUGGAUCCCAGAAGGGGAAAAGGUUAAAAUACCUGUUGCUAUUAAAGAGUUGAGAGAGGCUACAUCACCAAAAGCCAACAAGGAAAUACUUGAUGAAGCUUAUGUGAUGGCUAGUGUUGACAAUCCUCAUGUGUGCCGCCUGCUGGGAAUCUGCCUGACUUCCACCGUGCAACUGAUCACCCAGCUUAUGCCUUACGGCUGCCUCCUCGAUUACAUCCGAGAGCACAAAGACAACAUCGGCUCCCAGUACCUUCUCAACUGGUGUGUGCAAAUUGCCAAGGGAAUGAACUAUUUGGAGGAACGUCGCCUAGUGCAUCGUGACCUUGCUGCCAGAAACGUCCUUGUUAAGACUCCUCAGCAUGUGAAAAUCACGGACUUUGGGCUGGCAAAGCUGCUUGGUGCCGACGAGAAGGAGUAUCAUGCAGAGGGAGGCAAGGUUCCUAUUAAAUGGAUGGCCUUGGAGUCAAUUUUACACCGGAUUUACACUCAUCAAAGUGAUGUCUGGAGUUAUGGUGUAACAGUUUGGGAGCUGAUGACAUUCGGGUCCAAGCCCUACGAUGGGAUCCCUGCUAGUGAAAUCUCCUCUGUCUUGGAGAAGGGCGAGCGUUUGCCCCAGCCUCCCAUUUGCACCAUCGAUGUGUACAUGAUCAUGGUCAAAUGCUGGAUGAUCGAUGCAGACAGCCGACCCAAGUUCCGUGAGCUGAUCGCGGAGUUCUCCAAAAUGGCCCGUGACCCUCCACGCUAUCUUGUUAUACAGGGAGACGAAAGGAUGCACUUGCCCAGCCCUACAGAUUCCAAGUUUUAUCGCACUCUGAUGGAGGAGGAGGACAUGGAAGACAUUGUGGAUGCAGAUGAGUAUCUCGUCCCACACCAGGGCUUCUUCAACAGUCCAUCUACAUCCCGGACUCCUCUCUUGAGUUCAUUGAGCGCUACUAGCAACAACUCUGCUACAACCUGCAUCGACAGAAAUGGGCAGGGGCACCCAGUGAGGGAAGACAGCUUUGUCCAGAGGUACAGCUCAGAUCCAACAGGCAACUUCUUGGAGGACAGCAUAGAUGAUGGCUUUCUGCCUGCUCCAGAGUAUGUAAACCAGUUGAUGCCCAAGAAACCAUCUACCGCAAUGGUCCAGAAUCCGAUCUACAACAACAUCUGCCUCACAGCAAACUCAAAGCUCCCCACGGACUCGAGCUACCAGAAUUCCCACAGCACAGCCGUGGACAACCCCGAGUAUCUCAACACCAACCAGUCUCCGCUGGCUAAAACAGUCUUUGAGAGCUCUCCUUACUGGAUCCAGUCAGGUAACCACCAAAUAAAUCUGGACAAUCCUGACUACCAGCAGGACUUCUUACCGAAGGAAACGAAACCUAACGGUCUCUUGAAAGUUCCUGCGGCAGAAAACCCAGAGUACUUGAGGGUAGCAGCACCAAAAAGUGAAUACAUUGAAGCUUCGGCAUGACCAUAGAGAAUUUCUUCUUGCAGCGAGGCAAGUCAGACUCGUGGUGAAUCACCUGGCUGCUGCAAGAACAGACUCUGCUCAGCGUGAAUGGCAACCACAAUGCAUCAAUAAGCACACCUUCCCUUUUCAGCGCGUGGGCUGAAACUGCAAAGCCCAUCUAACAGGACAGCUUGGGUCUUUUCUUGCUCAUUUCCACGUAUUAACUGAGGUGCCAGCCCUGCACUGAGAUGCGUGUUGAAAUGGAGCAAGAUCUACCUGUACAGGAGAAAUAUGGAUGCAUUCCUUUUGUUUUCAAAUGGUAGCAUGGUAAGAAGCCACUCUGGGAUGAACUUGAGAGCUGUACACAUUGUACAGUCAAAUUCCUUUCUACAGCAUGUAUUUUUAUAAAUGUUUCUUAACAGAAUUUUUGGAUCUUUUACAAGAUCAGAUGCUUGUACUGCUGGUCUGUUAUGUGGUGCUCAGAUCACCAGCAGGAAGAAAAAUAAUGUUACUAAAUAGUUUUCCAAAAUUCCUGGAACGGAAAAAGUUAUUCCAAACCACCGGAUUUUUACAAAUUGGCUCCAUAUACUGCUUCUUGGCACGAACAGGAAAAGUGCAUCUGGGGGACGUAUGGGAGAUUCUGUCCAUAGCAGGAUGGGGCGGAUCGCUCUGGGGAAAACUAGCAUGAGGAGCAAACGGCAGGACACAUCACCUACUGACCACUACUGCUAAAAGCAGACAGGAGGAACUCAGCACAGAAUCAUUUAUAGAUGUUUAUAAAGUGCUCACUGCUCGGUUUUCUAAUGGUCAAACACAAGACGUUUUUCUGAUCCAUUUUGUAGGAGCUGUAGAGAUGUCAAAAUGUCUUUCUUCGACAAAACUGUUAAAGAUGUUGAAAACUGAAAAAUGAAGUGUCAAAUAAUGUUUAACAGUCUUUAAUUAAAUGUCAAGGAAAUGCAAAUGGUGGCAAAUUGGAGCAUUCAUGAGACACACAGGAUGCACUAUACUAAAUUAAACUUGACUAGGGCAAGAAACACAGGUAGCUCUAGCCGAGCACUUUUAUUUCCCUUCUUAAAGGGACUCCGAGCAGAAAUCAUCCUGUAUAUAAUUUGGCAAAGAAAAGGGUGGUGUCAGCGUUACACUUUCUGCACUUCCAGGCAGAAUACAGCAAAUUGCAGUAUCAAGACACGGGGCAGAGGCUGAGGCUAUUUUCACAUUGUACCUCCCGCUUGGGUUAACCUUUUAUAGCCCCUGUCAGUGCAGGAGGAGCAGUGAAAAUGCUUUAAGGAAAGGAAGAGUAAUCUGGAGCGACAGAAAAAGUUGUCUUCUUCUGAAACACAGGGCUGCCUACUGCUUCUUUAAACACCCAUCCUGGUCUGUUACCAGUGUGGAAGAGGCAGACCAGCCAAAGCUAGAAUUUUAGCUUAAUAGUAAGUAUAUAGACCCUGUGUGUUAACAGUGUGUUAAUCACAGUAAGUGAAACAGCUAUUCUUUCGAGGGACCCCUGUUACAGAACUUAAACUCCUCCGUCAUUAACAUUUCUUAUGAAGGUAGUAGGAGUAAAAUGCCCAAAGCGUGAAUUCAGCCAGUAACUUAGAAGCAGCUUGGCAGUGCUAUUUUAAUCAAAUCAUUAGCUCAGAAAUCAAAUGCACAUUUGGCAAUUCUGGUACGAAGGCCAUUAACUAGUUAAGUGUUGGGAACUUACUUGAGGUAGCACUUUAAGUAGCAAGAAAUUGUUAAAUGUGUGCUGCCACUGUGCUUGGAGUCUCUCAGUGCGUGCUUCAGUUUAAGUAUUGCAUCUGGACUCCAGGAUCAAGCAGAAAAUCCUUAGAACAUUGGUUUUACAGAUUUAUUGAGGAGUAAAGGAGAAGAGUGGUCAUGUGAAAUGACCCUUUUUAAGAGUAAUGCAGUGGAAAAUGUGUUAGUAACUUCUGUGCGUGCUGUAGUUCAUCAGCCACACUGCAGUUUGGGGUAAAGAAGUAUAUUUGGUCAAAAUCCAAUGGUAGUCCUGGUGUGCUGUUUCACAGAUUUGUGUCAGUGAAACCAAGUCCUAGCCACAGCACUAUGGAAGAUGCAGUAUUUGAUUAUUACUUGUUUGUGUUUAAGACAAUAACCAAAAUUCAGUUCCUAUGGUCCAACUUGUGGCAGAUUACUCCGUGCAUUCCUGAGAGCAGAUUUGUUCUGUUGCUCUCACAAGUGUGCAGCCUGUAUGCACAGGCAGUGCUUUUCUCUCCACCCACUACCCCAAGAGGAAUGUAAAUAAAAUGAAAAUGUAUUUUAACAGAAAUCAUGGAUAAUUUUCAGAUUGCUAAAUCUGUUAUGUCUCUAAGCAGAACACUAGAAAAUCAUACAGUGCAAGUUCUCCCGCAGGAUCUUUCCAAUGCUAUUGCACAGAAGAAUGUACUGGUGUUUUGAUUUAACCUUCUAUCUAAAACAAGAAAGCCACUGAGAAGUGGCAAUAUGUAUCACCAGCAUUAUGUAGCAGUGAAAAUUAUUUAAUAAAGGUUGAUUUGCUUGCCCUUUUAAAGUAAUUUAGGAGGAAUUCAGUAGAGACUCAUUACUAGUAAGGGUCUUAUUUACUAGUAAGGGAAAUUCAUCUAAAAUUAAACAAUGUAAGUUUGAAAGAUCAUAAUUUUUGGAAUACAUUGUUUCUGAUGAGAAAAGUAAGAAAGAGGAUCUAGGACUACAAGCUUCUUGAUAUAAGCAUACAGGAAGAUUCCAGAUUUGUGGGAUUAGCUGAAUUGUGAAAUAAUUCUAGUAAAUAUGCACCUUGUAAGCCACGAUAUGUAAAUAGGCAGCUCGGUAAUGAUUCAAAAGCCAGCAAAUGAUAAAUUGGCAGUGCCUCGAGGAGCAGAUACAGUGGCACUGGGAGUGCAUAGCUCCAAGGCUGUUGCUGGAGGCACAGGUGCUACAGGGUAGUGGUACUUGUAGGAUAACAGGCAUUAGCAAGGUAGCCAACCAUUGCCACUGAGAUGAAAAAACAGAAAAGAAAAAAAAAAAAGUAGCUGAAAUAUUGUUUUUUGUUUUUGCUGUUGUUUCUUUGUUGGCUUUUUUUACCCCACUGUAGGUCAUAGACCAUCUAACAGCAAAUAGCCCCAUGCACAUCACAGUUGCUUGUAAAAGCAAACAUGGUCAGGCAGCGGUUUCAGGGAGGGGGUCAUGGGACCACCUUGCUGAUGCAGUGUUGUACAGAAUGCAGGCUAUUGAAUGGGACACAGAAGUUGUGUUUUUUUUUCAAAUACUAGAAAAACAUAAAUGCACUGAGAGCUUACGUAAAUCAGCAUCCAAAAAUAACUUAAAACUUCUGCCGUUGUCUCCAAGGAGGUGCGGGUAUAAAAUACCGUUUUUUAAAAUGCAACUAAAUAGGGAAAUGUAACAGCCACAGCCACUGUUAAAUGCUAGCAGAGUCUUACCAAUCCAAAAAAUAAAGAUUCCAUUUUCACUAUAUUUCUCAUGGAAGGCAAAAUGACAGCACACACAAGUUAGGGCUCACUGUCUCUUAAUCAUAAAGCAGCAGUUAACAAGGAACUGUUUUUGCAAUAAUAAUUUAAGCACUACAUGCUCGGAGACUUUUAAUAACUGCUCAGUAUAUGAAAAUAUAAGUCAAGAGUCUUCACAUUGCUUUGAUGUUUUCCAGUGUACACUGUCAGUGCACUUUACUUCAUUUGGGCCUUGGGUUGUUUUCUUCUGCUGCAAAGGGAGUUGGCUUGGGAAAUCUCCUUCAUGUUGCAAUACUUCUGGUAGGGUAAAUCCAUCUUAGAGGGUGGGAUCUUACUCUUUUUUCCAGCUGACAGGCUACUGCACAGUGAGUUUUCCAGAGAAAGCAGUUGGAAAUAGACACUGUGCCUUGUGGUUUUGGAACAUCUCAGGGUGCUUCCCUGUCCCCCCAGGUCACAGUCAGAUGGCUGUGUGAACGUCCAGCAUUACAAUAUAUGCUCUCAUGGUUUAUUUGAAAGGAAGGGGCUUGUGCAGGGAGAGUAAUGCCAGGUUUGGGGCAUGGCCAGCUAAUCCAUCCCAAGACAGCUGCCAAAUUUGCCAAAGGACAUCACUGAAACCAUUGACUGUUACUGCACGCGUGGGUGAGAGUGGAUAGAUGCACACACUUCUUCCCACUGCCAGAAUGAAAAGAAGUCCACUGCAUUUCUGCAGAGAUUGCCUGUGCAAAACCCAGCAUGCUCAGCCUUUGUGCUAUGGGAUGACUCUCACCCCAAGCCUGGAGGGUGCAGCCAGGGCUGUGGCAAUAUCACAGGACCCCAAGCAGCUCAAGCAGGUCCCAUGACAAGGUGCCUGGUGUGUCCUUGGGCUGUCUGGGGGUGCUCCAGGAUGCCAGUGAGAAACUUUGCAUUUCCAGACAAGCACUCAUUUUUCAGAUUCAGAGUUCAACACAUUCUAUUAGUAUGACUGCUGCCUCUCCAGAUGAGGUGUUACAGGAUGCCGGCUUUUAUUUCUCCCCAUGUUUCUCCAUGAGAAAAUGUUGAAUCAGGACAAAGUAUGAAAAUGUACCUGUGCCCUCCUCCUGAUGAAAACUGUAUACUGAUGAAGUGUCAAACUCUGUGUAUAACACUUAGCAAGAAUGCUUUGUAAUGUUUUAUCACCACUGAUUCAAUUUUCUAUAUGGGAAUCCCAUUUUCUAGUGUUCUUUUUGUAAGUUUUAUCUCUUUGUUCCAACAUACAACUUUAUAAGGAGCCUUUAAAAAAAUAGAAAGUUUAUAUAAAAGAAAAACACGACACCUUUAAGUAGCUUUCUAAAUAGGCUGCAUUAGGACCAAAGAUAUAAUGUCUUGUUUUCUUGCUUUAAAGGAAUAGGGUAUUGAUCACCAACCACUUCCACAGCAUCUCAUUACUGGGAAAAUCUGCAGAACUCAUUGGGACUGGGCCAUAGUGCCACUGUGCCAGGAGGACUUGACAGGAGGAUGAGGCCUGUCCAUAGAAAACUAAACCAAAUAUCAGGACCAGGUAACACUUCAGGGCCAGAUCUAUGACCUCUACACAUUUUUGAUUCAUUGUCUAUUGAAUACAAUUGUAAAACAAAGACACAAGAAAAAAAUAAACAAAUACUUUAUGCUUUGGCUCAACAUCAGGAAAAAAUACAAUGAUGUGAAGAUGAGAUGAUUAGAUAACUACUUUUUAUGUGAGGAAGUGUGUAGGCUGGCAGUGAGAGUUUAAAAUGAUAAUACUUUGGGUUAUGUAUUACUUUAAUUGUGAGGGGGAGUUGAAAUCAUGGCACUUCCAUGAUAGGCUUUACUUUCUGUCACAUGUUUUGCCUACUUUGGGCGUUGUGUGUAUUUGCAGAUCACCUGUGUUAGCAUAGCCUGGUGGACUGAACAUUAUAGCUCAUUCAUAUGAGUAAGAGGUACUGCACAUAAAUCCCUCAUUCUUUUACAUGGGAAGAUGAAGCGGACAAGGAGAGAAAGUGUGGAGACAGUAGGCUGUACCACAGGUAGUGGUCAAGGAAACCCUCAGUAACAUCAGAGAAAAAGGUUUCCUGAUGAAAAAGAGAGAACAGAGGACCUGGCUGGCAAAAGACACAUCACCUGCACCCCUGCAGUCAGCAGGCAAAAUACCUUUGGCCAAGACUUGAUGCUGGUGCUCCAUCAUCAGUUUUGCUCUUGUCCUCUUAUGUGUUUCAGCUUUGUUGCAGAUGAGGCUGUCUGGAUGCAAGACAGAGUGGGUUUUGCGGUCUCUCUGUACCUUUCUUUUUGAAGUAAUGGAUUUUCUAAUUAAUAAAGUGGAAAAAAAAAAAAUCAAAACCACAGCUGUGAACCUAUCAACCAGACUUGCUGAAGGUUUUCUUGCCAUGUAGCUGAUACGGUACAUCUUUUCCAGUCACUCUGGAAUUUAGCCAAACCAUUCUCCUGACCUCUCACAAUCUAUCUGAAGACUGUGGAAUUUCAAAUACCAUCAGUGCUAUCCUCACAUUUUAUGAAAGGGAAUAUGUGAAGUAGUCGUCUACAAUGGUAGGAAGGUUGGCUCACAUACCUAGGUUUCUUUUUAAUCCUACAUUCCUAACACUGUUCCCCUUGAAAUUAACGGGAUGUUUGACUUGAUUUCACUGAGAGUAUAAAACAAGGCUAAUGUUGAGUGAUUUUGAUAAUGAGAGAUCCUAUGGAUCCAUUGCCCCAUUUUAGGCUGCUUUGUAUUGAUGCAAUCAAUUGAGUAUAAGGAAUAAUGUUUUGGUUUUAAUGAACUGUCAAGCAAUAUACCCAUAGAUACGGACGGUACCUUGCAGCAUUGUAAAGUUACUCAACUAUGAAAGCACUAUUUGUACAAUAAGAAACUCUCGACUUUUAUAUGGUUUAAUAGUUUAUACUGUUGAUCAAAGAUUGUUUGUAUAUUGAGCGAUAAAAAAUGAGGUGUAUAUUAUUCUUUUUAAUUGUUUUUAAUUUUUGGAGAACUCUAUUGUAAUAUACUGUUGUAUUUGGGGGGAAGAAAAAUCAGUGGGUAGCUUGUAGGGUUUUUAGCCAGACAGGAACUCACAAUAAGGGUUCUUUAUUGGUUGACUUAGAUUUUCGUACAAGUUGUCACCCUGGGGAUUUAUCCAGAGCUUAGUGAAACUAAUAACAAGACCCUUUCUUCUCUCCAAGACUCUUUGGCCUCUCUCCAUAUACGGUACUGGAGUUCCAUAAUGUGAGCAAUAAUACAGCUAACAAUUGUGAAAAUUGGAAGUGCAAUAUGAAAGCCCAGGUGCUGCUUAUCAGGGCGCUAAUAAAAGCUGCUCUUUCAAAAUGCAUGGCAGGUUCUCACUUCAGUUUUAUGGCAAAAGCAGAAGCACAGUCAAAGCAAUCCCUCAAAUUCUCAUCCAUAUUACAUUUGGCUUAUGAAGCCAUACUUCUGGCCAUCUGUGAAUUUCAUAGUCAUGUGUUGUGCAACAGCAUUGCAGCAGGACUCUGUGGUAAGGAAAGUCAAAGUCUCAACUAGAGUCACAUACAUGCAAAACAUUUACAUUAUUAUAUGACACUAGCAAGAAAGAGAAAUUCUGUUAGCAAAGCCAGACAAAUAAAGCCUCAGGGUCCCCCGAAUAUUGGUGUUUAAUUAUCCAACUCGUGGAACACGUAGCAUACAACAGGAAUUGCAGGGUCAUAAAUGUAACAGCAAAAUACAUUGGGUCUACAAGACACUAAAGAAGAGAGGAGCUGGAACUGACAGUACAUGUUCAGCCUGGAUGAGUCCCUGGUAUUGUCAUUAGUAAAUUAAAUAAUUUCUGUCUUUAUAGAUUAACUUUGUACACAGGAGAAAAAAAAAAAAAAAAAAAGCCACUACAGCACCUUUCUCAUUUUCAUCUUUCCAUCCAGUCCCUUCCAAUACUAGGCUGCAUUUUUACCAGCUCAACUUAUUUUAUGCAGAAAUGAUGUAGUCUUAAUCUUCAUAUUACUGGUUCUCAGAAAUGUCUAAUGCGUAUUAAUGCAUGAUAUUUUUAUUUUAAUAAAAGUAAUUAAAUAAAUCUUUGCUGUUUGGGA